GUUAAGUACUGCAUGCUCUAUUUACUACCUGAACUACUUCCAAUGUCCGGAAGGCUCAGGUUGAUUUGACUGACUGACUAGCUGAUUGACUGACCUAUUCCUUCCCCUCCCCGCUUUUCUUGCCGAACAGAGACCGAAGCUCCUAACUAGGAGGUCUACCAUGUUGAACCAUGCGACAAUCGUCCACGGCUACUACAACGAAAUAUGUUGGGGUUGAUGUAACAGGGAGUUUGGAAUUAGUUGAGGUGUCAAAGGUAGGCCCAAAGAUGAUUGCAACCCUCCUCCUCCUCCUCCUCCUCUCACAUCUUUUGCUUCCCGAUCUGAAUGUGUGCGCUUCACUUUGGUUGCGACCCCGCCUUGGGCGACCGCGCGGCGGCCAACUAUAUGAUCGAACCCACUCCCCACCUCCCCUGCCAGACGAACUGCAAGAACUUUGCUUUUUGAUCCCAAUCUCAAGGCUAACAACUAUGUGGCGAGAACAAGACUGCUUGUCAACCUCUGCUCGCAGAAUAGGAUAGCGUAACCCCAGCUUUCCGUUCAGGAGGGCUUCCAGCGCACCUCGGUGGCCACCCGAAAGCUUUUCAUCGGCUAGGCCACCCAUACUCUU